CGCCGCGGGGUUGGGCGGCGAGGGCCCGCCUAGGUCAGGAGCUCUCGGGCCCUGGCCGGAGCUGGCAGCGGAGCGAUGUGGCGGAGCAGCGGCCUGAGACUCGGAGCGCGGCUCUGCUGCCCUCGCGGCGGUGCCCGGGCUCCCGCCGAGCGCGGCCACCGGAGCCUGGUCUCCUGCAUCGACCCUUCCAUCGGACUAAAUGAAGAACAGAAAGGAUAUCAGAAAGUGGCCUUUGACUUUGCAGCCCGGGAGAUGGCUCCCCAUAUGGCAGAGUGGGACCAGAAGGAACUGUUCCCCGUGGACAUGAUGCGGAAGGCAGCCCAGCUAGGCUUUGGUGGGGUCUACGUACGCACGGACGUCGGUGGGUCUGGACUGUCCCGGCUGGAUGCCUCUGUCAUCUUCGAAGCCUUGGCGACGGGCUGCACCAGCACCACCGCCUACAUAAGCAUCCACAACAUGUGUGUCUGGAUGAUCGAUACCUUUGGCAACGAGGAACAGAGGCACCGGUUUUGCCCAGCACUCUGCACCAUGGAGAAGUUUGCUUCCUACUGCCUCACUGAGCCAGGAAGUGGGAGCGAUGCUGCCUCCCUUUUGACCUCAGCUAAAAGGCAAGGAGAUCAUUACGUCCUCAAUGGCUCCAAGGCCUUCAUCAGUGGUGGAGGGGAGUCGGACAUCUAUGUGGUCAUGUGCCGAACGGGAGGACCAGGCCCCAAAGGCAUCUCGUGCAUAGUGGUUGAGAAGGGGACCCCUGGCCUCAGCUUUGGCAAGAAGGAAAAAAAGGUGGGGUGGAACUCGCAGCCAACCCGCGCCGUCAUCUUUGAAGACUGUGCUGUCCCUGCGGCCAACAGAAUUGGGAACGAGGGGCAAGGCUUCCUUAUCGCCAUGAAAGGCCUGAAUGGAGGGAGGAUCAAUGUUGCUUCUUGCUCUGUUGGGGCUGCUCAUGCUUCAGUCGUCCUCACCCGAGACCACCUCAAUGUCCGGAAGCAGUUUGGAGCGCUCCUGGCGAGUAACCAGUACCUGCAGUUCAAACUGGCUGAUAUGGCCACAAGGCUGGUGGCCUCGCGGCUGAUGGUCCGCAGCGCGGCGGUGGCCCUGCAGGAGGAGCGGGAAGAUGCGGUGGCCCUGUGCGCCAUGGCCAAGCUCUUUGCUACAGACGAAUGUUUCGCUAUCUGCAACCAGGCCUUGCAGAUGCACGGAGGCUACGGCUACCUGAAGGACUAUGCCGUCCAGCAGUACAUGCGGGACUGCAGGGUUCAUCAGAUCCUGGAAGGCAGCAACGAAGUGAUGAGGAUGCUGAUCUCGAGAAGCCUGCUUCAGCAGUAGCGCUGGACGCGGUGCUCUUCCACGGUGUGGACUGUGCACUUGAACUGGUGUUGAGUGGCCUCCGGUGGACGGUUCUGUUACAGAUGAGUCAUGAAUAAGGUCAUAGGACUGAGCCCUCCUAAGAGGACCUUCCUCGGUGUCGGCGCCGUGGGGCCGCAGCCUCAUCGGAGGCUUGGCAGAGCGGCCUUGGUGAGGUGUCGCAAGGCCACUGCCGUGUUUCCUGAAGCACAAGGUGCCUGAUGAUGACGCAUCAGCGACCAUAGUCCUCUCUGCAGCCACAUGGUCUCGAUCUGCCUGGGUGUGCUGGUUCACCGGAUCCUCCUCCAGGAAGCUGGGUGCUCCGUGCAGGGUGUUUCUAUUGAUGAAGCAAAGGCGUGGGGAAGGGGAAAUGGAGAAAAGUGGCCUGUCUUUUCGGUCCCCUGCACCUCAGCUGGAGACACAGGUUUCUGUGGGCGCACUUCCUCCGUAGCACACCUCCGAGUAAAUCAGGAUAAAUGCACCUCGGGAACUUGGCCCUGAGCUGUGACUUAGGGUGUCCGGACAUCUGGAACACCUGAAUAUCAAGGCCUGAGGCGACCUGGAACUUGGAAUAUUUGUGUUCUUUUUAAGGAGCAUCUAGGAAUAGUGUUCACAGUUUAUAGAACCCUUUCUAGGAAGCACUUGGAGUAUAUCUUUUCUAUCUACGUUUUUGUCUUCUUUUAUGAAGCUGCUUCUCUUUUUAAAGGUCUUUGAUUGAUAAAUAAAAUUUAUCCCUUUCUGUACCAUCUCAA